UUCUCUCUGUUUCUAGGUUGCGGGGCAGUUGUAAAUAACACACUUAAAAGUCCUGGCUAUCCUCAUACUGUCUAUCCAAACAACAUGAAUUGUCUUUAUCUGGUUGCCAUACCACACGGAAUGGCCAUGAGAGUUUCAUUUGAGGAUUUUUAUGUGGAGUACGAAUCAACUUGCGAGUAAGCAGAUGAAAAUUGUUAUUUCCUAAUUCAAGAUAAGUGUUUUAAAAGAGCAUCCUCGACUGUAGAGCUUUUGGAUUUUUUGGCUGUGCGAAAGAGAGCCAUAGAGUUAAGAGUUCUGUUACAACGUUUUAAAGUUGUAAAACCAAUAUUGUUGCUUUAUUUUUAUAUAUAUUUUUUACAGGCGGGUUGGUCAGUGUUGUUAUUGUUAUUCAAAGCUGUUACAAGAUUAAAUGAAUCCAUUAAUAGAUGAAUAUGGAUCUCACACUCAGGCGAUGCAACGAAGGCCAUCGGUGUACGUUUAAAACGUUGGAGGAGUAGGAGAAGAAGGAGAGACAAUUAUAGUUUUAUUGUUGCAUUUUUUUUCUUCGUAGCUUCGACUCUCUGGAGAUUAUCAACAACAAAAAUCAAAAGUAUGGCAUAUACUGUGGUCUGGAAAUUGGACGAAAAGUAACCGUCACCGGAGAAUAUGUUUUGUUGAUAUUCCGCUCGGACUCAAUUGAUAGCAAAAGAGGAUUCUGGUUAUUUUUUCACGCUGUUCCAGUGGGUAGGUAUCUUUUGACAUCACAAUAACUGUGAAAUGUGAGAAAAUUCCAUAUGGAUUUAUGAGAUUUAUUGUGCUAUAUCUGCCGUAUUUUUUUCUGGGACUUUGAAGGAAACAAUAGCACGUACGACAAGAAAGGUAUUACAUUUUCUUUAUGUGGAAACUAAAGCCAGGGAUAGUCCAGUUUUGUCGCGUUGAAGCAAUCUAAAAACAAAUCAGAUGGGUGAGCUAUAAAAUUACUCUGACGGGCAGGCAAGCGUCUGUGUAAUUCACAAAAAAGCGGUGCACUUUUUUUCUUCUUUUCACAUUUGAUAUUGCCGAUCAGUUAUAUACUUAUUAAUAAAAUAAAUAUUGUUGCCACUUCGCAUAACCAAUCUCGGUACUUAAAGAGAUGAAGACAUACUGAAUAAUACGUGAUUUUAUAGAUCUUUUUAGUCUUAUUAGUCUUUCGGCCGAACGUCCUAGGAAAUACAUCGUGAAGGAAGUUUCAUUAUAAGUUGAAGUCAUGUCCUUGCAGUGGGACUAAAUUCACUUUUCUUUUACAUGACAAACUCUUGAUCUAGACUCCUAAUGUGACAACUUUAUACUUUCAGUAGGAUCUUCCAUAUGAGCAAUGUCCUGUUCAGUUAAUUUAUUGUCAUCUACAUUAUUUUAUAAAAAGUGAUAAUUAUUUCAGGAUGUUCAACGUUCUCUAUUUUCUUUAACAGAUAACAGUACAACUUCUGAACCACCCUCAAACGGUAUCGUAAGAUCGCAUUUUGCUGUUUCAUCUAUGUUCCGCAUUUUCCCCACCAUUCUGGUUAAUUGUAUAGUGUCAAUUGGCAAACACGCCGUGUUUGAACUAAUGAAACAUACUUAUACGCUUGUUGGUUUGGGUGCAUAAAUAACGGCGUUUCCGACUGUGUACCGUCACACCAGAAAAAGGGUGGGGUAGGGUGGGGGAUUUAAGAGAGGCAGUAUUCAACAGUACUAAUGUGCGGUCAGCCUGUAUUCAAAGGGGGAAGCCUCAUCUCUUGCGAAGCUUGAGUCAAUCCGUGGAAAGGAUAAAUUUUCCGUUGUCCUUUAAAUUCAUCACCUCAUCGGUCCUUUUUCUCUGCUGUUGAAAUCAUCGCCGGUUUUUUUUAUUGAAAAAAAAGCCUUACUGUCGUCAGCAACAAUAUAAUAAAGGAUAGUAAAAAAUUAAUAUAUGCAGUCACAUAACGUUUUCCUGUAGUAUCGUUGACUGGCGAGCUUCAAAACUAUCUCAAAUUAAUCUUUCACGACAAAUUCAGAGUACUGUUGUGUUUUGUGAAUAGGUUGUGGAGCUGUUGUAAACAACUCGCUGAAAAGUCCUGGAUUCCCGAAUAAAUAUCCGUCCAGAAUGGACUGUAUUUAUUUGGUUCCAAUUCCAAAGGACAUGACCAUGAAAGUUAUUUUUGAGAAAUUCAGUAUGGAAUACACCGACAAAGAUUGCAGGUGAGAAAUAUAAGUUAUACCAAGAGAUCCCUUCUUGGUUAUACUACCUUAUACUACCUGUUACGGACCAAGUUAUUAUACUGCGGUGUAUGAACCAAACUUACCCCUUUUAUGGGGCAUUGGUUGCCCCCUAUGUCACGGGUCGGAGAUGCCAGUGGUAGAUCCAGGGGAGGAGCCCUGGGGGCCCGAGCCUCCCCCCCUUAUUUUUAGACCAAAUUGAAAAAAAAUAUUCAUUGUUAUCAAGCAGUUUCUUAUGGAAAUUCGUGGCUGAUUGUGUUUGUAGCUUUGACUUUUUAAAGAUAACCAAUGAAAAUAACGAAGUUCC